UUUACAAGGUGAGCGGUCCGCGGCCAUUUUGUUAGCCGUGUGUAGCUGUGCAGAUUUCGUUCAUGAAAUUUCACCGAAAAUAACAACUUGUGGAGAUUUUUGCUUGCAUUGUAUUUUCGAUUACACACUUGUAAGCCGGAAUAAGAAUUGUUUACUCGCUGACAUUAAACAUAGUCAUUCAUUUUCCGAGCUGCUUUGAGUUUGCUAGCUCUUUAGCUAGCUGGCUAACUUGUUUACGUGUUCCGUUGAGAGAAAACAUCGGGCUUUCAUGACCGCCAGCUUUUAAAUGUUACAACUGUCGAAUGAGCACGGUUUGUCUGCUCCUGACUUCCGUUGUUGUACAUUUGCUUCUUUUGUUUAAACCGAAGAAAAUUUGAGCCACGUUUAAGACCUUCCAACUCGCGUUGAGCCUCAGUGGUUAACCAGCAACUUGAGCUCCGUCAUCAGCUGACUGCUCUCGGACCAGCGCUCAGCCAUCCCGGAGCAAAAUGUCAGAGCUGUACAUUCGGGUGGCUGAGGAUGAGAACGAGGAGCCCAUGGAGAUCCCCUCAGAGGACGAUGGGACUGUUCUACUAUCCUCGGUAUCAGCCCAGUUCCCGGGGGCUUGCGGUCUUCGGUACAGAAACCCGGAGUCCCAGUGCAUGAGGGGGGUCCGGCUGGUGGAGGGCGUCCUGCAUGCACCAGAGAGCAGCUGGGGAAACCUGGUCUAUGUCGUAAACUAUCCCAAAGAUAACAAAAGGAAGAUGGAGGAAAUUGACGCGGCGUCGGCUGUUAAAAUCAAAAGAGGUUUUCAGAAAACGUCAGACCUCAUAGUCCUCGGGUUGCCUUGGAAAACAACAGAACAAGACCUGAAGGAUUACUUUAGCACCUUUGGGGAGGUCAUUAUGGUACAGGUGAAGAGAGAUGCAAAAACUGGCAACUCAAAAGGUUUUGGGUUCGUCCGCUUUGCAGACUAUGAGACGCAAACCAAAGUCAUUGCUCAGAGACACAUGAUUGAUGGACGAUGGUGUGACUGCAAACUUCCCAACUCAAAGGCAUCUCCCGACGAACCGAUGCGGAGCCGUAAAAUCUUUGUCGGCCGCUGCACAGAGGACAUGACGACGGACGAUCUGAGGCAGUACUUCAUGCAGUACGGUGAAGUCACUGAUGUCUUCAUUCCCAAACCUUUCCGGGCCUUUGCAUUUGUCACGUUUGCUGAUGAUCAGGUCGCCCAGGCUCUGUGCGGAGAGGACCUGAUCAUCAAGGGCGUCAGCGUGCACAUCUCCAACGCUGAGCCCAAACACAAUAACAUUCACCAACUCUUUCACAAUUUCCCGGGAGGAGUCGCGUCAUUGGCUGCAAUGUUCGGCAGAUCUCAGUAUCCCUUCCCCUCCUCCCACGUGUAAAUGCUUUAUCAUCCGAGAACACAACUUCACUCUGCGUAUACAGUGUUAGACGGUGGGUGUUGCCUUUCUUUUCUCUCCCCUCCCCCUCUUUUUUUUUUUUUUCUUUCCUCUUUUCGGGAUAUAGAAAUCUUGUCUGCCCUUGUCGCUUUUUGAUCUCGAUGAGUGGAUUUGGUGUUGGACCGAAUGAGAGUGAGCAAAAGGAAGGAAAGCAAGAACUGUUUGUGCUUUAUUUAUAUAUUUUUUGAAAGACAAAUGCCUGGGAGAGGUGAGAAGAACCUGUGGCUUUGUGCGAGUGUGAGAGGAAGAAGCAAAGUACGUGUGUGUUCUCAGUGACCAUCACAAGGACAUUUCUUGCAUCUCAAGAUCCCUGAGUUUUCUGCUUACUCGUAUCAUUUUUCUAUCCAUCCCUGAUUCUUUAUAUUAAAAAAAAAAAAGAAAUCACACUGAAUUGUCAAGUGCUAUGAAUAUCUGUAUCUUUUAGUAGAUCUUUUCUUGCUGUCCAAUGCGAUGUGAAUGCUCGUCUUACUUUCUCCUUGUUACCACCCUCUUUGUGUGAAAAUGUGACUUUGUUUGUGAAGUCUGUGUGACGGGAGGGGGAAAAACACUGAAAGAGUGCUGAAGUUUGGAAGAUGUUCCUGGUGAAUGUUUGAAUAGUUCCCAUUGAAAGUUUGUGUUUGAAGUGGUUUCGAAUGCAUUUUUCUAUGUUUUGUGAAUCAAAGGGAAGUGUGAAAUAAAACUUAAUUUAACUAGGGAAAAUACCCUCUUGACAAA